AUGGUCAAUCACCGCUACAAUCAAAGUCUAGGUCUGUUCAAGCUAUACGUCCCACCAGCACUAGAAAUCGGAGCAAAGCAAAGAGCAGUCGACAACAUGGCGCAACAACUGCAGCCGGCAUGGCCUCAACAGAGACCUGCAUACAACGAUACGAUUCUCACCAUCACGCACAGCAGCUGUGCGGAUCCGUACGUACUCUGGGACAAGGGUACGUAUUAUAUGACCUUUACCUGCGGCGGCCACAUCGAGAUCUGGUCUGCAGACUCCCUCUUCGAUUUCGAAAAGAAGUGCAAAAAGAACGUAAUUUGGCGUCCUCCACCAGACCAGCCCUACUCCGCCGAUCUAUGGGCGCCCGAACUACACUCAAUCCACGGUCGGUGGUAUGUAUACUUUGCGGCUGACGACCCCAAACAUGGCAACAAAUCGCACCGCAUGUAUGUCCUUGCUGGACCAUCAUCAGAGGAGGACCCUCUCGAACCAAGCAAAUGGAACUUUUUCGGCCGUCUAGGUGGCCUCCCUGAAGAGCAAUGGGCAAUCGAUGGCACAGUUGUUACGCUCGGUGGUUCCAUGCUCUUUGUCUACUCUGGCUGGCCCCUCGGUACGCACGCCGAUGAAUCUCGCCAGGAAAUUUUCAUCAUCGAGAUGGUGUCACCAACAGAAUGUACCGGUCAUCCCAUUCGCAUCAGCACACCAGACCUGCAAUUUGAGUUUUCUGGUAGCAGCGGCAUCAACGAGGGUCCGCAGUUUCUCUGCUCUCCUGAUGGCCGUUGGAUGGGCCUUGUGUACAGUUGCGCGGGAAGCUGGACACACGAGUACAAGAUGAAUAUCUUGUACUACACUGGCGGUCACCCUCUCGAUCCACAUUCUUGGGCCAAGUCCAACAAACCUCUUCUCAAAGCCGCUCGCGACGAUUCUCCACCCUAUGGACCAGGUCACGGAAAUUUCGUCCUAGUCAACGGCCCCGGUGGUCCAGAAGUCUGGGGCGUCUUCCACGCUACUGAUGCGAAAACGGGAUGGGAAGGUCGUAAAGCGCGCGUCAUGCGCGUCGGGUGGGGCCAAGGAGGUCCAUUUAUGGGUUCUGGCGAAUGUGGAAGAUGUUGUUGUGAAAUCGAGCAUUUCAUCCAAGGUUGUCCUGGGGGCGCUUGUGGAGGCCAAGGUCAUUGUGGCGGUGCUGGGGGUGCGGGCGGAGGGUUCAUGGAGCCAGGACAUCAGGGCGGCAACUCGACGGAUGAUAUCAAGAGGGAGGUAAAGAAUCUGAUCAAAGGUGGAAAAGGUCUUGUGAGUAAGUUCCUCAAGUGA